AUAAAGUGAAAAAAAAAAUCUGUGUUUUGCUUAUCCCAAUGAAGUAAUACUUUGGAGUACCCAUCAGUGUGAUUUUUGUGGUUGAUGACACUUCAAGCGUGCGAAGGAGAUUUAGCAAUGGCUGCUGAUAGACCUACUCCCAAAGGGGUACUUUGUAAUGCUGGUGCUGGUGCCGCUGCUGGAGUAAUUGCUGCUACUUUUGUGUGCCCUUUAGAUGUUAUUAAGACUAGGCUGCAGGUUCAUGGGCUGCCGAAGCUAGGAAAUGCUAAUGUUAGAGGUAGUCUUAUAGUUGGGAAUUUGGAGCAUAUAUUUCAAAAAGAGGGGUUGCGUGGAAUGUACAGAGGGCUUUCCCCAACAGUGCUAGCAUUACUUCCAAACUGGGCGGUGUAUUUUACUAUAUAUGAUCAGCUGAAAAGAUUUCUUGGCUCUGAUGAUGGAAGUCAUCAACUCACGAUAGGUGCAAACAUGUUAGCUGCUUCUGGUGCCGGAGCUGCAACCACAAUUGCAACAAAUCCUCUCUGGGUUGUGAAGACACGUCUUCAGACUCAAGGAAUGAGAACAGGCUUUGAGCCUUACAGGGGUACAUUAUCUGCUUUAAGGAGAAUAGCAUAUGAAGAGGGUAUUCGUGGGUUGUACAGCGGUCUGGUGCCUGCUUUGGCUGGUGUUAGUCAUGUUGCUAUCCAAUUUCCAACUUAUGAGAAAAUUAAGAUUUACUUGGCCAAGCGAGCUAACACUUCAACGGAUAAACUUGGGGCCCCUGAUGUUGCCGUUGCAUCAUCAGUCUCCAAAAUAUUUGCUUCUACAUUGACAUAUCCACAUGAGGUUGUACGUUCAAGGCUUCAAGAGCAGGGGCGCCAUUCUGAAAAACGGUACUCUGGUGUAGUUGAUUGCAUUAAGAAAGUCUUUCAUCAAGAAGGCAUCGCUGGCUUUUACCGUGGUUGUGCAACCAACCUAAUCCGAACUACCCCUGCAGCUGUUAUCACAUUUACCAGUUUUGAGAUGAUUCACCGCUUCCUUGUAACCAUGUUCCCCCCUGAUCCUCAUCCUCACACAUUGUAGGAUGGCAGGGCUUGAUUCAUCAUAGAAGAGGCAGUUUAGUUCAUCAAGUCCUUGAGCAAAGGCGACCGAUUCGUCUGCAUCAAUUUCCUCAUCGAUUGUGUAUCUUGUUUCUUAUUAGCUGUCAUAGCAUCAUAGAAAAGCCAUUUUGGCCAUUGUGAUACAGAUUUAGUAUACCAUUUAUAUACUGAAAUUGAUGAUGAUGAUGAUGAUAAAAGGAGCUGAAAUGUAGGAACACUAGAAACUAUACUGAGGUUUCAAAAAUUGAAUAUUAAUCGAACUUUUGAGGCGUUUACUCUUUGGGCUUUCCAGCUUA